AUGGCGGACCGAUACUCGUUCUCUCUUACAACUUUCUCGCCCAGUGGUAAACUGGUUCAAAUCGAGUAUGCACUCAACGCCGUCAACCAAGGUGUUACAUCAUUAGGAAUCAAAGCCACAAAUGGCAUCGUCCUCGCGACCGAAAAGAAGUCAUCCUCGCCCCUAAUUGAUCCUCCUUCGCUUUCUAAAGUCAGUCUCAUAACUCCGAACAUUGGUAUGGUGUAUUCCGGAAUGGGGCCCGACUACCGAAUUCUCGUCGACAAGGCUCGGAAGGUCUCACAUACUGGCUACAAACGUAUCUAUAAUGAAUAUCCCCCAACGAGAAUAUUGGUGCAGGAUGUCGCUAGGGUGAUGCAAGAGGCUACUCAAUCUGGUGGUGUGCGGCCAUACGGAGUCAGCCUGCUCAUUGCUGGAUGGGAUGACGGCAUUGAGCCUGAGACCGAGAAGGCUGCGGAAGCUGGCGAUGCUGAAGCCGAAAAGAAAGUCUCUGGAAAGACUGGCGGUAUUCUAAAGGGCGGACCCAGUCUCUACCAGGUGGAUCCCAGCGGUAGCUAUUUUCCUUGGAAGGCGACCGCUAUUGGCAAGAGUGCAACUAGCGCAAAGACAUUUUUAGAGAAGAGAUACACAGAGGGUUUGGAACUCGAAGAUGCGAUCCACAUUGCUCUUCUCACACUCAAAGAGACAAUUGAGGGGGAGAUGAAUGGAGAAACAGUUGAAAUUGGCAUUGUAGGACCACCUGCAGACCAUCUUCUGGGUUACGAGGGGGUUGAAGGAGCGCAAGGCCCAAGAUUCAGGAAGCUAUCGCCUCAAGAGAUUGAGGAUUACCUCACAAGUCUUUAA